AUGACUGAAUCACAAGGCUCAACUGUCAAUUCCGUCGCUAUUUGUUUUGCGGUCAUUAGUUUUUGUGCUGUGGUGUUGAGAUUGUGGGCGAGGACGUUUAUUGUUAGGUCGCUCGGGGCUGAUGAUUACUUGAUUUGCGUUGGAGCCAUAUUAUCGUGGUGCUUCAUCGGCUGCACAAUAGCUUCCGUCCAACAUGGCCUUGGUAGCCACUACGAAGACGUGAUCAAACGCGGCACCGAUAACUUCAUCGCCUACCUCCAAAUCGUCUGGCUAUCCUCCAUCUUCUACAAUGCCUGCCUCGGCUUCAUCAAGAUCUCAGUACUCGCCCUCUACACCCGACUCGGCGAUAAGAUGUUACGCAAGACAGCGUUUGUCAUGAUGGGCGUUGUUGGAUGCCAGGCUGGUGCGAAUGUCCUUGCUUGCAUCUUCCAAUGCAGUCCGGUCCCCGCCGCGUACGAUAUCACGAUCUUGCCGGAGGAUAAGAAGUGCGUUGACAUCAAUGCGUUCUACUUGGCCAACGCCGCUGUCAACAUCUUCACGGAUAUCUUGACGUAUACGUUGCCGAUUCCAUUGGUAGCGAGGCUUCGUGUUCCUCGACGACAGAAGAUCAGCUUGGCCAUCAUCCUGGGUCUUGGACUCUUCGCCUGCGUCUCGUCCAUCAUCCGAAUAACCUACAUCCCCAAAAUGCUCAGCUCCUCCGAUGCAACCUGGGUCAUCUCCGACGCGAUGUACUGGUCUGUAAUCGAAACCAACAUCGGCAUCCUCGCCGCUUCGAUCCCCUCCUACAAAGCCAUCGCCAAGAAAUACGCGCCCCGUCUCCUCGGCAGCUCUGGCAUGUCCAGCAGUCGCAAGCUCUCAGGCUUCAAACAGAUGCCUCUUGAGCUUCAUGGUGGCAGCAAUCCUGGUACUGGCGCACCCAAGAGUACGUUUGAGACGAAUAUUAAGAAUGGGUUGGAUGACAAUAGUAGUGAGGAGGUGUUGGUUAUGCCAAAUGGGAGGAUUGGGGUUAAGACGGAUAUCACGUUUCGGUAUGAGAACAACUUGGAGAAUGGCACGGCGAGUCAAAGAUAG